AUAACUGAUGAAUUACCUGAAUUUCCAAAUACGUUACUGGGGGAGGGAAAAUAUGACCGACACCAAGCACUGUGUUGAUGUGUGGCAUGUUGCUAAAGGACUAAAGAAGAAAGUAUUAGCUCUUUCAAAGGAGAAGGACUGUGGGGAACUAAGCAGUUGGAUCAAGAGCAUUACCAACCAUCUGUACUGGGUUGCUGCAUCUACACCUGAUGCAGAUGCAGAUCUAAUGAUGCAGAAGUGGCGGUCAUUAGAGAACCACAUCCAAAAUAUCCACGAGGGUCAUGGUGAGCUAUUUCCAAAAUGUCUGCAUCCAGAUCUUGCAGGACAGGAAAGAAGGAAGAGGUGGCUGAAGCCAGGUAUGAAUGAUGUUUAAGA